CUUGCCUCCCGCUGCAUCGCGUUGCAAAGCUACCGUCUCGCGCCUCGCUGUUUCCCCGCAUCGUCGUUCAGAGCCCAGCAUAUGUCUUCACCUCAGGCGGGUCCGGUCGAACUGUCAAUCCGUGAGAAGCUGACAGCGCUCCUCAGCCCUUCCGAGCUCAAGAUUAGUAACGAUUCCUGGCAGCACAGACACCAUGCUGCCAUGAAAGCUCAGGGCGGCGGAAGUGGAGAAACCCAUUUCUCUAUUGAUGUUGUUUCGGAUGCCUUCAAGGGCAAGGCGACGAUGCAACGACACCGAAUGAUCUACGCGGCGCUUACUGACGAGUUCGCGCAAGGACUGCAUGCACUGUCCCUGAAAACCAGAACGGGGGAAGAACUGCGUAAGAGCGCUUCCGAUUAAGUACCACGGUCAGGGAUCCUGUGCCGUCCCCGAACCGGCGCGUGCAGUUCGACAUGUGGGCAGACUACUCCCGCCCGAGCUAUGCAGCUUCACUGCUCAUGCAAUAAAUCAACGGACGGCGGCGCAUCCGCGCAGUC